AAAUUUUUUUUUUUUAAAUGAAAUACUACCCUAAAGAUAGAUACCCUAGAGUGUAUAUCCCAUCAUCCCAUGACUUAUCAGCAGGCAUAUCAAUUUAUUGAAAAAUUUGAGAAAAUAAUUUUUGGUUAGAGGAGUGGCUUCAGAUUCAAGACCUUUCUUUCAAUUUGAACUAUACGGUGCUUUUUUACCAUGGAGUGAAAAAUGGAAAACCCUGUUUGAAAGGGUUACUCUAGACGGUGGAAAAGCAAGAGGAGAAUUUGAAAAAUGAAAACCCUAAACGCAGUUGAUCAGAAUCUGAGUUGCAAUCCAACGACCUCUCCAGUUCAACUUCAAGCUGAAUAUUCGAAUUAAUUCGUGAGUACUUUCUUGCUCUCUUUUUUUCAUUUUUAUUCAUUUGGCCAUGUUUUGUUUGUGCUGCCAAGGACCGCAAUUUCGACUAGUCCCAAAUUGGGGAAAUGCGGGACACUCGACGAACUAUUUGAGUUUUCUUCAGCGGAAUAGAAGGUUUUUUACUAGAUCUUUCUCAGCGGUUGAAGUUGUGGCAUAUGACAGAGAAAAGCAACCAGAACAACAUUCUUUUACAGUGUCUUAUCUCAUAAACGCAUGUGGGUUAUCCCCAGAAAUCGCUGCUUCUUUGUCAAAGAAAGUAGCUUUUGAAACCACAGAAAAGCCAGACUCUGUACUUGCCCUUCUCAGAAAUAAUGGAUUUACCAAUGCCCACAUAUCCAAACUUGUCAAAAAAUCACCAGCAGUGCUUGUAGGCAGUGUUGAGGAAACUCUUUUGCCUAAGCUUGAGUUUUUUCAUUCUGUGGGAAUUUCUGGUACUGACCUUGCGAAUAUACUGUCCUCAAACCCUAUUAUUUUGCGACGUAGCUUAGAAAAACAAAUUAUCCCUAACUAUAAUUUUCUCAAGAGUCUGGUUUCCAACAAUGAAAAAGUUGUCACUGUUUGGAAGCGGGCGCUUCGUUUGCAUGAUGUGAGUAAAACAGUUGUUCCCAAUAUAUCAGCCUUGAGAGGAAUAGGAGUGACACAAUCAAGUAUUUCAGCUUUGGUCAUUUCCAAUCCUGGUGUACUGUGUGAAAUUUCAGAGAAGUUUGAUGUUAGUGUCAAGAAGGUUAUCGAAAUGGGAUUCAAUCCUUCAAACAGGGCAUUUGUCGACGCACUGGUAGCAAUUAGGAACAUGACAGACAAUUCCUGGGAACAGAAACUGACGGUUUAUAGGAGUUGGGGUUGGUCUGAAAAUGACUUCUGGUUAGCUUUUAGAAGCUUUCCCAGAUGCAUGACUCUGUCAGUGGAGAAUAUAAAUAUCAAAAUGGAUUUUUAUGUGAAAAAGAUGGGUUGGCGACCUUCAGCUGUUGCUAGAACCGCUGUGGCUCUAGCUUAUAGUUUGGAGAAGAGAAUAAUCCCGAGAUGUUCAGUUUUAAGGGUUUUGUUGUUUAAGGGCUUGAUCAAGGAAAAUAUCAAUAUGUAUUCCGUGCUGGUGCCAUCUGAAAAGGGCUUCACAGACAAAUUUUUGUUCAGGUAUCAGGAACAGGUUCCACAACUAUUUGAUAUAUAUCAAGGGAAAAUUGAUCUUUCGGAACUAGGCAUUGGAUUUGAGCAUAGACCUGAGGCAAACGAACGGUAGCUUGUAAUGUGUAUAUUUUUCAACAAUGUUUUUCUUAUUGUUGCUCGUUAAUUUGAGUGCCUUUGCCCCCAAAAAUAUUCAGCUCUGAAUACAGCUUACAACUUCUUGUAUCAGUCAGUUCUUAUUGUUUAGUUGGACAAACUGAAAUGAAUUAAGUUGAUAAACACACAGGAGGAAUGUACUGUUUAAAUCAUAUCUUACAAAUCUCUAGUUUGGUUC